GGACAAUGGUUGAAAGAUAUAUGUAUCUAUGUAUUGUUAAAAAGCAAACAUGCUUGAAUGUUGGUAUGGACAAAAGUUGAAACUUGAAUAUUUUGUUAUGUUGUAAGAUUUUAACAUACCAUGAUGUUGAACUACUUCAAUAUUUUGUUAUGUUGUAUACCAAUAAUCACCUUUUUCAGUCUGAUUAAUUGCCAAGAUAAUUCAUUUCCACCUGCACUUCUAUGUCCAAACACAACUUAUACUCCCAACAGCACUUACAGUUCUAAUCUAAAUGCCCUUUUAUCAUCUCUGUCCUCGAAUUCUUCGAGGCCUAACGGAUUUUACAACACCACGGUUGGUCACACGAGGUCUGAUGAGUUAGUUUAUGGUUUGUUUUUAUGUAGGGGAGAUGUCUCCACUGACGUUUGUCAAAAUUGCGUGUCAACAGCUGUUAAAGAUGUUAUCUCAAAUUAUUGUCCGAAUGGAAAAGUUGCUGUCCUUUGGGUUGACGAAUGCCUGAUACGCUACUCAAAUGAAUCGUUGUUUGGUACUUCGACUAGAUAUACUUUUGCGAGUACACAAAGUGUUAGUGAACCACAAAGGUUCAUGUCAGUUCUUGGAGAUGUGAUGGAUGAAUUGUUAGCAACUGUGGCUGCAAAUGCAAAUGGAAAUAAUCAUUCGUUGAAAAUAUUUGCGACGAAAGAAGCAAAUUAUACGUCAUUUCAGAGAGUUUAUACAUUUGCGCAGUGUAUACCUGAUGUAUCUGUAUCUUCUUGUGAAAAUUGCCUGAGAACUGCUAUCGGUAAUUUACCGAGUGAUGGGAGGAGAGGUAGUAGAGUUUUGCUUUCGAGUUGUAAUGUUAGGUAUGAGUUGAACCCUUUUUACAACGUUCCUGCAUCCGCUCCACCACCAGUUCGCGGUGCUCCUCCACCUUUUUCGCCCGGCUCUAUAGGCCGCGAUAGAGGAAAAGGGGGAAUUGCAUCUGGUGUAAUCGUUGCCAUAGUUGUUCCGAUUGUUGUUUCAGUUCUACUCUUUCUAUUUGGUUUCUGUUGGCUAAGAAGUAGAGCAUCGCGAGAAUUCAAUGUUGUAGAAGAUACGACAG